AUGAGUGGUGCAAAUGUAUAUGAAAGUCUCAAGAAGGCUGUGGAAGUGACACUGAAUCCAUAUGUUGAGCCUGAAGAAAGGCGGAAGGCAAUCCAAUUUUGUGAGGAGUUUCGUGAAACGUCCCUGCUGCCAGUGAGGAUGGAUGCAGGGGUGACGUUGGCCCAUAGAGAUAACACUCAUGUUGUUCGGAAAUUUGGCCUUCAGUUGCUGGAGCAUGUCAUCAAGUAUCAAUGGAAUCAGCUCUCCACUGAGCAGAAGCUCUUUAUCAAGGAUUCCCUGUCACGACUGCUAGUGGAGAUGGCCAAACGAGAAUGGCCACAGCAAUGGCCUACCAUGCUGUCAGAGCUUAGCAGCAUCUGCAGCCUUGGGGCAAGACAAAUGGAACUUGUUCUCCGGUUCUUCCUUCGCCUUGUUGAAGAUGUUGCAUUGUUUCAGACCCUGGAAGCUGCUCAGAGAAGGAGGGACAUCUUUCAAGCUCUCACUGCUGAAAUGGAGACCAUCUUUGGAUUCUUCUUGCGAACAAUCUCAGAGCAAUUCAUCAAAUUGAAGGAGAUUGGCUGCUCCAAGGCAGCAGAAGCACCAGAGCAGGUGUAUGAGAGAAAUGUCAUCAUUCGCAUUCUGGAUGUGGCCUUGGAGACAGCUGGGGCAUAUGUGGAAUGGAUCCCAGUGGGGUACAUUGUCAUGGAGCAAGGCUGUUUCAUUAACAUCUGCUGCCAACUCCUCCUUGAACCCAGCCUCCGCCUCAAGGCAACGGAUUGCCUUUUCCAGCUGGUGAGCCGGAAAGGGAAAGUUGAAGUGCGUCGUCCCAGUCUCAUUCUUUUUGAGGAGGGCCAUCUGCAAUAUAUUAUGUCCUCCAUUCAGUGCAACAGCUCCAAUUCACAGAUGGAUCCAGAUUCAUAUCAGUAUUUGAAGAGUGUGAGUCAGUUGAUCAGUGGAAUGACAACUCAGCUGUGCAUGCUGAUUGGGAAGGAGAAGGAUCUUGCAGAUCCACCAAGUACAUUUCCGUUGUUCCUCGAGAUUGCUCUCAUACUCACCGAACAUGCAAGUCAUGUCAUCUCAUCCCACAUGGCCUCAGCAUGGCAGCAGCUGUUCUCUCACCCACAACUCUCUGCCUCCCAAUACCUUCUUGCCUGCAUCCCAAAGUGGAUCGAGCUGGCUGUGCGACACACAUGGAAGACUGGAUUCAGGUCCAGGAACAACAGCCCCAGCUGUGAAUUCUCCAGGCUGGAUUUUGAUACAGAUGAAGCUUUCUUUGCUUUUCUGACCAAGGUUCGCAUAGAGAUACAUGCAUGCAUCCGAACAGUUGGGAACUUAGCUCCUCUGCUGACAUUCCAGUUUCUCAGAACUUGGAUCACAGCACUCUUGAAUAAAUCUUCAGACAGCCUGCAGGAGGAAGAUAUUACAAGGGAGUACCCCAUGAAUUCUGAAAUGCCCCUCCACUUGGAGUGGGAAUCCUUAUCUGCCAUUUUGGAUCAUGCAAUCCCAAAAAUCAUGGCCAGUCCCAAUAGCCCAAAACCACUCCCAGAGGAUGGGAUUCAGCUCUUACGAAUGUGUCUUGCAUUCACCACUCGAGAUCCCCUCAUCCUCUCGUCGUGGUUGUCUUGCAUCUCUGCGCUCUUCCUGUUUGUGCCCUAUGAGGUAUCCUUGCUUCCUGAAACACUUACAAAAAUCUUUGGAGCCGUAGUUUUCACCCUCCCAAACCAGGCUGCCAAAGGUUCCCGAAGCAAAUCAGUGAGAAAUGUCCGUCGCCAUGCUUGUUCUCUCCUCGUGAAACUGAGUGUCAAAUACCCAGAAACUCUCUUCCCGGUUUUUGAAUCCAUCUUCAACAUGGUGAAGGAGUUGAGCAAGGAGGAGUCAAAGCUGUCCCAGAUGGAGAAGCUCACCCUGGCUGAGGUCCUACUCAUCCUUAGCAACAAGUGGUGUCACUAUGAUAAGCAGACUCAAUUCAUUGGAGCUUUGUUAGAGCCAACCAGAGAACAGUGGAUGGCAGUCACACCUCAUCUGUCCUCAUGCUUGUCUUUCAUGUCAUUUGUGGGACUGGACCAUGAACCAGUUGAACCCAGUGAUAGUGAUCUCAGUGGGAAGAACCGUGCCUUGCUCACAGACUGCAUUCAGAUGAUAUUUUCUGUGGUAAAGCGCUGCACUUGGCCAGAAAACAUUGAUGCAGCUCGAUUGGGAGGCUUUGUGCGCUCUGAGGACCAGACAACUCUCUGCAACCCAGCAGCACCACAUAUCUUGCCUCUCCUACCAGGCAUUUUUCAUUUCAUGGGUGUUAUUCAUUUGUUAUGGCACCCAGAGGCAUUCCAGAAAUUCUCUUCUGGAUACAAGAAGUCUUUUUGCCUCUUGGAUGUCGAGAAACAUCUGAUACUUGGUACUCCACAUGUGGAGACUGCUGGGGAAUUGACCCGAAGUCCCCUGGAACGGAUGCAGCAGUUCCUCUCGUCCAUGCAUGAAAGCUGUUGCCACAUUUUGGGAAAUGCUGCAGCAACUCUGGGGAAGGAGUUCUUUGCCAUCCCAAAUCUGGUGGGGAUGGUGAUCAAUGAAUCCCUUGCUGGGAUUGACUGUAUUGAGGACCAUUGGCUACGGCGUAUUGUGAGAGUCUUCCUCCGCUCAUUUUUCACCCAUUGCCCCCCGAGUGACUACCUUCGUGUUGUGGUGCCCAUCCUCAGCCAGUUGCUUCCAUAUAUGCUUACAAGGCUGAGCCAGAAGUGGGAGAAUGGAAGUACAGCAGAAAGCACAUCUCCAGCCUUCUCCUAUGAAACUCCUGACACAAGGGAAAUGCUGGAGGACCAGCUGCUGCGCCAGCGCACACGUGAAUAUAUCGACCUUCUGCGUGCAAUCCUCUUUGAAGCUGAGUCAGGCUCCCAAGUGACUGAAACGAAUGAUGCAAUGGAGGAUGGGAGUGAUGGAUCCCCAUCACCCAGACCACUUGCUUCACUCAGUGAGAGUGGCCUCGUUGUCCUAAAUGACUCCAAUCUACGGCCGGUCAUCUUCCUCACACUGCUUAGAGCCUUGACAUGGGGAGAUGCCCCAAGCAGCAGCAAGGCAUCGAUGCUCACAACCCCGGUGAUGAAGCAUCUGGCAGCCACUGGAGCGAUCACAGAAUCAGAGGCCAAAUCAGCCCUUCAGGCCAUUCUGGGGGCUCUGGAAGUUCAUGGACAGCAUGACAACAACCAAGCAUUCCUCAUGAACCUCUUGCUCAAUGUCUAUGAUGCCCUGCGGCCUUCAUAUCCUGCUCUUGCUCAGUUCUUCCUCCAAAUCCCUGGUAAUAACUUGGAGGAAGUUCAGAAAAUGGAUGACAGGUUCUUAAACUGGAACCCCAAGUAUGGGAAGCCGGAGAAGGUGAAGAAAGAUAUGCUGAAACGCCUUGUAACACCAAUCAUAGGAAAGAAUGUGGGAGAGUUGGGGAAGAGACCGGUGCUGGUAAAGGAUCUGCCCAUGAUGAGGCCAACAGGGAGAAAGCCACAGCUCAGCCUGGAUGAGAUGGAACGCAGAAAUCUGGGUCUCUGUGGACUUUUUCAAGGUCAUGAAUCUUCCUCUUCGUCACCUUCUCUCCCUCAAGCACAAGGCCCAAUGCAAAUCUAGAUCUCAUGCCAUGUUAUUCCAAAUGAAUUCCACCCAUGACUGUUGGAUGAAUUGAAGUGUAGAAUGAGAAUGAAGUUUGAGGGGUGAUUAUUGAUA